AUGACUAUUGCCGAUGCCGAUAACGGAACUGAAAAGAGCUUCGCCAAUUCUUUGUUGAAUGGCACGCUGGGCCUCGACUUACACCGGCAUUCGGAAUACAUUGGUCCCGCAAGCUAUCAUGAGCCUGCUCUUCUUGAUCUGAAGCAGUCCGCUGUCUCUACCACCGGUCAAGAUAAAUCAUAUCCGCGCAGAGUCAGUCAAUCCACCGCAUUCAUCACCUAUCCUGAUGAUGAAUCCGCCUCGCAGUUGCAGUGCUGGGCGAACCUGGAUCAAAUAGAAGAAUGCAUUCGUCCUUUGGGUCAGACUCUAGUGAAUCUUUACUUUCACAUCAUGCACCGGACGUUUCCAAUUUUGGACAAAAAUGUGUUCCUGGAGAAAUAUGCGCAGUCAUACCGCAAUUUUUCUCCGCCAUUGCUUGCCUCUGUCUACCUGCUCGCAUUAGAAUGGAGGUUUUUUGACCGACAGUUGGCCAGCUUAGCACGAGCACCAGAUGCAGGGCGCCUGGAAAAUCUGGCCAUGCGAGCGAUGGACGAUGAGCGAAAGCGACCCAAGUUGUCAACCUUACAGGCGGGCCUGUUGUUAUUACAGCGAAAAGGCUCCUCCCAUAAUGACACCCUGCCUGCCCAGCUCCUUUCCCUUGGACAGACGCUAGGCAUCCAUGUCGACUGCAGCGACUGGACAAUUCCUGAAUGGGAGAAAAGUCUGCGAAAACGAUUAGCCUGGGCGCUGUAUAUGCAAGAUAAAUGGGGUCCUCUCGUUCAUGGCAGAGCAUCUCUUAUUCCAACACAGAUCGACGGAGAUCAAGAUACAAGUGACUGGGUCGUGCGCCCGUGUACUCUCAACGACUUUCCUGAAACAAUAGCUGAUGAUGAGGGCUCUGGGGUUGUAGACGGCCCUGCAGGUCGAGAAGCCUUUCUUCACUCUAUUGAAUUAACGAAAAUAUUCAGCUGCAUCACGGCGACCUUUUGCUCGACUGGUGCAACCAGGAAGGGGGGUCUGCUGGAUCGGAUCGGAGCAUCAGGAGCGCUCGAGCUUGCGAAACCCCUCGCAUUGCAAUUGCGCGACUGGCACGCGAGACUACCUCCUAGCCUCCAGCUAGACUCCACACCUUCCUUAAAAUUAUCCACAAAUGGGGCACUGCAUCUGUCCCACGCGGCCGCAGAGCUGACAAUUCAUCGCGCACUGCUUCGAAUCCUGGCGCCCGAUGACCGUCCUAGUCUCAUAUCAGCCGUUCGGGGUGCUGCUCGGGCGCGCCUUGUGUCUGCUAUCAAUUUGAUUGGAUCAUUUCAGCUACAACACUUGCAGUCUUUUUGGGGGUUUGCAGCAGCAGCACAGGUUACUUUGGUUGGAGCCUUAGCCGGUCUCCUGUGGGCGACUAGUGCCAAUGCCGAUGAAGUAUCAGAAUACGCUGAACACCUGGAGAGACUUCGUUGGAUUCUUCAAGUUUGGGCUUCAGCAAUACCGUUCGCUCGUGAAGCACUUCGGAUGCUCGAGGAAGAGAUCGGUGAUCUAGCCGCAAUGAAAGCAGCCACAGAUUGUGAUUGA